AUGGAAUCGCAGACUUUGGUCUUGUAUGAUCAUGUUCUACGAUGUAUUGCAGUUGCUGGAACCACCGCGUUCUUCUAUGACUAUGCAUUAACUCUACAAUCAGAGAUCCGCUUUAUAUGGGCUUCUAGUGGAGGCUGGCUAGGCAAAUCCGUCUUCUACUAUACACGAUAUACGCCAGUAAUCGGCUUACCUAUGGCACUCAUCGAACUAUUUGCACCUGACCUCUCGACUAACAUGUGCGUGCGCUAUACUCAACAAUGCAAACUUGCAAGAGUAGCUGGGAUUGGCCUAGAAUACACGCUAUCUCUGUCGACAACUGCGAUAUUUUGCCUCAGAGUAUGCACUCUGUAUCGGCACAGGCUACCAAUUUUCGCACUUAUAACCGCCAUUUACUUUGUCAGUGCCGCGAUACAGAUUGGCUUGGGGACAAGAGCGCUCUCCAUCAUCACUCCACUCACUGGCUCGUUCAAUGGGAAGUGUACUCUUGUAGGAUCACCGCCCGACCUUUCCAAGAUCAUCGCUGGCUCCUGCCUAUCCUUUGUGCCGUGCGAGAUAAUAAUCCUGGUUGCUACAAUCGUCCAUGCCUCUCAAGCAAAAAACCUUCGUUCUCUCGAAGGAGGUUCAGCUGCAUUACCUAUUCUCACACGACUCUAUCAUGAUGGGAUGGCAUACUUUGGUUUUGCACUAGUCUUUAGAUUAUGCGGCUCAAUUGUG